UUUUGGUAUUUUGUUGCGUCACACGCGUGGUGUGUGGACAUUGAUAGAAAUUUAUUUUAUUGCUACCUACUUUAUUUCUGUCGAGUUUGAGUUGUGAUUAGUAAAGAAAGUGUUUAUUUUGCUCAGUGUGUCAAUUUUGUAAUUCUUAUUAUCAAAAGCAUGAUAAAUACGUUUCAUUCAAUAGUUUUACUGUAAGCGUUAUUUUUUUAGUAAAAUGGCAGAUGUCGAAGAAUAUAAUCAGCAGAAACCAGCUAAAACAGGCAAGCAGCAUAACGUAUUGCCGAUAUGGGGUAAUGAGCAAACUAUGAAUCUGAACCCUUUAAUCCUUGCAAAUAUUCAAGGUUCUAGCUACUUCAAAGUGCACUUGUUCAAGCUGAAGACAUACCAUGAGGUUGUAGAUGAGAUUUACUAUCAAGUAAAGCACUUAGAGCCCUGGGAGCGUGGAAGCCGCAAAACUGCAGGCCAGACUGGAAUGUGUGGCGGCGUUCGAGGUGUUGGUGCUGGAGGCAUUGUGUCAACAGCUUUCUGCCUACUGUACAAGUUAUAUACUCUUCGACUGACUCGCAAGCAAGUAAACGGACUUCUGCAGCACACAGACUCACCAUACAUUAGAGCUCUUGGGUUUAUGUAUGUGCGGUAUACUCAACCACCAGGGGAUCUGUUUGAUUGGUAUGUGGAUUACCUUAAUGAUGAAGAGGAUGUAGACCCCCGGGCUGGAGGUGGAGGACCUACAACAAUUGGUGCCUUAGUGAGGCAGAUGCUGAUCAAGCUGGACUGGUUCAGCACACUCUUUCCCCGAAUACCUGUACCGAUACAAAAGCAAAUAGAACAGAAGUUAGCAGAAUAUAAUCAAAAAAAUGCGCCAGCAAAGCCGGCGAUACAAGCCUCCAACUACAGAGGUGCCGCCAACUACAACCCGGGCAGAAUGGACACAGACCGACGCGAGCAUGACGAUAGAGACAAGAGGGACUACGCUGAACCUGCCAAGUACUCAAAAGAGAGAAGCCACAGACGCGACGACAGAGAUCGUGACCGCGACCGUGACCGUGACCGCCGCGACCGCAUCGUAGACAGACACCGUGACCGGUCACGUGACAGACCCAGAGAGAGAUCGCGCGACCGCCCGCGUCAUCGUUCUCGUUCUAGGGAUCGCCGCCAUAGAUAAUAAUUGUUAUUGAACGAAUAUUUUUGGUUAUGUAAAAUGACAAAAUAAAUAGGAUAAUGAAUA